CAUGCAUAUAUAAGCUGCGUGGAGCAAUAUCCUUUCUUCAUUUGGGACCCAACGGACGGAUCCAACAUGGCGCAGUUGUUUUUCUUCGCUGUACUCGCUUUGGCGGCUUCUGCAAGUGGGCAGCAAUGUGUCUUUCCCUUCAGUUACGGCGGGAUCACAUACUACUCCUGUACAUCCGUCGCCUCCACCGACUUUUGGUGUUCGUUCGAUGCCGUCUACUCGGGCAACUGGAAAUACUGCGACGAGCAGGAGUGCACGUUCCCGUUCUACUAUAACGGACAGACCUACUCGACUUGUGCGGAGGGGGGUGCGCUGGCCUCGGACUGGUGCUCUCUGGACGCGGUGUAUCAAGGGAACUACGUCUCCUGCAGCGACAAUGCUGUGGUUGUGGAUCCUCUCGACGACAAACCAGAGGCGUGCCACUUCCCGUUUGAGUACCAGGGCCAGACCUACACCACUUGUACUCUGGAGGCCUCCAGCGAGCUGUGGUGUUCUCUGGACGCCGUGUAUGAAGGGAACUACAAAUACUGCGGGGAAGAGGACUGUGUUUUCCCCUUCACCUACGAUGGAGAGACGUAUGACGAGUGUGUGGACGCGGACAACAACGGUGGGUGGUGUUCUCUGGACCAUAUCUACCAGGGGAACCAGGUGUCCUGUGCAGAGAAGCCUUGCGGCGAGACCAUCUACAAGGACCACGGCCACCUCCACUCCCCUAACUACCCCCAGGACUACAACCACGACAUGGACUGUUCCUGGAUCUUCCCGGCCAGAGGCGGUACCGUCAACCUCGAGUUCUUGGACUUCACUCUAGAGGGAGGAGCGAGUACUUUCGGGAGUUGCGAGUUCGAUUUCGUUGAGGUCUUUGCUGGGGACCGGAGUCUGGGAAAAUGGUGUGGUGACUUCGGCCCGACUAACAUCACAUCCAACCAGGACGUCACCAUCCACAUGUUCACUGACGGCAGCAUUGCCGCGAAGGGGUGGAAACUCAAGUUCUCGGUGGUGGGAGCUGCCCCCUUCGGACCGGGGCUAGAGGAGUGCGGAGGACUGCUUCAUGGGGAGCACGGGGAGAGGACGUCUCCUGGGUUCCCUGAUGGGUACCACAACGAUAUCGACUGUACCUGGACGCUGGAGGCUAAACACGGCGGCGUGAUUCUGGAGUUCUCGGAGUUCAGCCUGGAGAAGCCCGGGGAAUACCAGGGGUGCACUUACGACUUCGUGGAAAUCUACCACGGGCUCAAUCGUAUCGGCCGUUUCUGCGGCGACUCUCCCCCUCCGACGACCACGUACUACGAGAAGGUGAGUAUCCGGUUCCGGACCGACCAGCACACCGUGGCUUCAGGAUUCCGGUUCAGCUGGACUUACCUCCACUCGCAGACCACUCCUCCAACUAUGCCGUCCACAACCGACUUACCAGACGGCAGCGGUGAAGGUAGCGGUGCAAUGAAAGAGGAGGACUUGGAUAAGUUUAUCUUUUAGGACCUCAAAAGUCUCACCUGCAGAAAGCAACAUCGUCGUGUAACCUUUCAACCGAGUAAACUUUCAUCCGGA